AGGGAAAGUAACCAAAAAACUCCCAGCAGCUUUUCUGUGCUGUGACUUACUCAGUGUGGUCAGGCUGCAGAGAUCUCUAUGUGCUUUGGAACAGCCAGGACUCCAGCAGCAGGCGGGGAAGGGCUGCUGGGGAGGCCGGAUGGCUGCUAUGGGGAUGGGCAGCGAAGGGCAGCAGCUGCAGGCUGUAAUGGAGUCUGGGACGGGUACAACAAGGCACUAUGGCCGCCUUCAGUGCGGCAUUCGUACACAGGCUGGGAUCUUUUGCAAGACUUUAUUCUCAAAAAUAGAUGCAAUUAAGAACUACAAACCACACACACACAUAUAUAUAUAUGUCCCAGCCUACAUACUCAUACAUCAGUGUCUGUGCGUAUAUGCAAAACGGUCUUUCUCAUCUGCAGCAGCACACAGGGCAGCUUCUGCCGAUCCAUUUUUAUUUUUAUUUUUAUUUUUAUCUUUGUUUACUUCCUCUCCCAUCAGCUCCCGCUCCCCCAGCCCCGAGCCCACAGCUCAGCACGGAGCCGCAGGGCGGGGCUGCCUGCCGCCGCUCCCCCGCGCAUCUCCGCAAUCUCGCGAGAUUUUGUUUGAAACGGCGGCGGGAGGGCGAAGCUCGGCUCAGGCCCGGCCCGGCCCCGCCGCGAUGCCGCGGAUGCUGCGCACGUACUCGCGGCGCGGCGGGUACCUCCGCGCCCUGCCGCAGCCCGACCGCUGGAUUUCGCCCCCUCAGGACCGCAGGCGGCUCUUCAGCUCCUCCUCGGCCGCCUCCAGCGUCGCCUCCAGCUCCCUGUCCAGCGCCCUCUCCGCCCCCUCGGACGACCCCGACUUCUCGCCGCCGAGGAAGCGCCGCCAGAAGCCGUUGGGUGAGCGCCCCGCCCGCUCCCGCUACCUGCGGAGCCGGCGCGGGGCGGACAAGGAGAACCGGCCCCCGGCCGCGCUCAGCUCCCCGUCGCCCUCCCCGCCGUUGCUCCGCGCCCGCCGCCGCCGCCGCCAGGGGUCGCCCUCCGCCUCCCGCCGCCCGCUGCUCUGCAGCACCCCGCACUGGGCGCCCCCCUGCGGCUCCGCCCGCCCUUCCCGCCGCGCCGCCGCGGCGCUCGCGGAGCUCAGCACCAGCGUUGAGGGCGGCUCGGCGCCGCGGUGCGGCCCGGGGCUCUUCUCGCCUCGCGACGCCUCUUUCGGCGGCGUCCCCGACUCGCCGGGCGGCUCGGAGCGGCUCCCGCCGUCGCCGUGCACGCGGAGCGGCGGGGCAACGGGAGCGGCGGCACCGGGCGAGAGCUCGGCGCCGGGGCUGCGGUCACAGACGGCCCGCGGGGUUCUGAGGGCGUCCGCGCGGGAGCCUCUGCGCGGAGCCGCCGCUCCCGUCGAUGGCGAAGCGCAGCGCGGCUCGGAAGGGCCCGGCGGGGAUGUGAAGGGCGAUGAGACGGCGGGGAGCCCGGGCGGACGCGGGGACGCGGCCGAGCGGCGGCUGAUGCCCGUGGUGGUUUUGGAGCGAGGGGAAGUGCCGCUGUGGCUGAGCGGCCGGAAGGCGGCGUCACCGCUGGGCGGGCGAGGAGCCGCGAAGCAGCGGCGUAAAAGUCCCAAACUGAUCCCCGGGGAGGGCAGCACCUGCAGGAAAGCCUGCAUCAGCGGCUUCAGCGCCAGCCGCUGGGGGAGGCAACCGCGGCUCCGUCCGCGCGGGUGCAAAAAUAAGAGGCAGCAGCAGGCGGGAAACUCCUUGGUCGGAGCGCAGCUGAGACGACGAGGAAGGAAGAAGGGCGUGCAGAUGUCAGGAGGGACGCGGGACGCUGACUGCUCGUUCCUCAAUAACUCCCACCACUGGGGUAGAUUUCGAGCAUCUCUGUCGUUCCAUAAGAAAAAGAAAGUGAUCUCAGAUGACAGUUCCUAUGCCAGCAUCCUUUGUAAUCCCUUUGUGAAUCCCCAGCUUUCAGGGCACCAAGUGACCCUGUCUUCCAGUAAGGCUGAGAGCUACGCCUUGUCUGCUUCCUCUGUGAUCCUGCUGGCUCCCAUGAAUUCCUCUUCAGCCUUAGAGAUCACGCUUACGGAUGCAGAGAAGGUGUUUAGGGAAUGCCAGCAGGAGGAACCUAUCCCUUUUGAGGAUUGCAUCCCCUUAGAUAAGUUGAAAAACUGCAAGAAAAUCGGAGAAGGGGUGUUUGGAGAGGUUUUCCAGAUCGACAGUGAGAGAGGAUCUGUGGCCUUAAAAAUAAUUCCCAUUGAGGGAUCUGAAAGGGUGAAUGGUGAAGCUCAAAAGAGCUUUGGAGAGAUCCUACCUGAAAUAAUAAUUUCGAAGGAACUCAGUCUUCUGUCUGAGGAGUCCGUGAAUAGGACUGUAGGGUUCAUCAGCUUGUACUCUGUGCACUGUGUUCAAGGGGCUUAUCCUAAACAUCUCCUAAAAGCCUGGGACACAUACAACAAGACAACAGGAUCGGAAAACGAUCGGCCAGAUCUGUUUGGGGAAGAGCAACUCUUCAUUAUUCUGGAGUUUGAAUUUGGAGGCAGUGAUUUGGAGAACAUGAGAAAGAAACUGAGUAGUGUGGCUUCAGCAAAAAGCAUUCUGCACCAGGUGACUGCUUCGCUGGCUGUGGCAGAACAGGAACUGCACUUUGAGCACAGAGACUUGCACUGGGGGAACGUGCUGGUAAAGAAAACAGAUGCAAAGGAGCUUAACUACGUGCUGAACGGGACUACAUGCACAAUCCCCACAGCAGGGAUCCAUGUCAACAUCAUAGAUUAUACCUUGUCUAGGCUGGAGAAAGAUGGGUUAACUGUCUUCUGCGACCUUUCCACUGAUGAAGAGCUGUUUCAAGGCACAGGGGACUACCAGUUUGAUAUCUACAGGCAAAUGAAAGCGGAGAACUCCAAUGGCUGGACAGACUAUCAUCCACACAGCAAUGUCCUCUGGCUCCACUACUUGACAGAUAAGCUUUUGAAGGAUGUAGUGUACAAGAAAAAGGAAUCAUCAUCUGCCAUGAGAAAAAUAAAGCAGCAGCUGACAAAGUUUCAUAAAGAAGUACUGACUUUUGGGUCUGCCAUUGAAGUUUUAGGCAGCAGCAGCCUCUUCCAAUGAGUAAGGGAGUGCAGGACUUCCAAGAACUGAUGCUGCCCUUCUCCUUUGCUGUUUUUUAUGAACGGUCUUUUAAAUGUUAGCGGAAUGAAGUGUUAACAUCAGUUAGCAAUGUGAAUGGUAAACUAUCAAAAACGUGUAAAAAACACACAAAAAAAGGCUUCUGCUCUAGCAUGUUUCCAUAUGUACUGUCUUUGAGGGGUGAGGGUGGAAAGGAAAUGGACUCGACCUUGGGGAGGAGGGGGAGAUGCCUUCAGGCCCACUUACGUUAUUAAAAGUUCUUUCCUCAUUCUAUCAAUUUUCUUACCAAGUUCUUUGCUUAAAACCAAAACCAACCAACCAAACCCCACGAUUGCAGACAGGUGAGCGUUGCUAGCCCAGCCAGAGGAAGGGGAAGAAGGCACUUUUUGACGUAGUUUUCAAAAUGACCUUUUGUUCAUUUUGGCACAGUUUGUACUUGGCGUGAGGCUAUAAAAAGUAAAUUUCCUAAAGUUUCAGUAGUUUGGCUUUUAAAAACAUUCUAAUCUGCAAUAAUAUGGUUUUCUUUUUCCUCUCUGUGAGGACCAUUGUUAAUGUGAUAACAUACUGCGUUAUUUUAAAAAAUACCUCUUUUCCUGAUGCAUUUUUGACAGCUGUGACCUUGUAUGCUGACAGGAUCCCAAAGCUGUGACCUGAUGGUAGCAUUAAAGUGAUUUUCUCCGUUUAUCUAGAGAAGAAAAUGCACAGGGGGUUCUUUAGUCUUCAUGGCAACUGGGUGACGCAAACUAAAGCUGAAGAUAUAUCAAAUUUGAAUUCUUUGUUUUCAAGAAGUCCUUGGCUAACAUUCAUGUGCAUCAAAGAAACUGGCAGAGGAAGAUAAAUCAGUCUAAGUGAACAUUUAAUUUAAUUAUUAUUGAAAAUUAGUACAUCCAGUGACCCAGGUGCAUUAAGGAAUGAAGAGGAAGAACCUCCCCACCUUCAAGGCUCUUACUUUUGCUAUCUUAAGCUACAGAAAGCAACCUGACAAUCUGCACUGCUUGAAAUUAUUACGGUGGAAAUCAUACUGGAAUCCUACCAGGCAUCCUCUCCAUCCUUUUUCCUCUAAUUGACUUAAGUAAUGGAACGUAAUUGAGUAUUUCUAAAGCUUACUUGGUGAGAGCUGCAGUGAAUGCACAUCUGACAUCAAAGACAUUUUCUUCGGUCAGAAUGGUGCUAUUAUGCUUUAGAAAGGAAAAAAAAAAGCAGAAUGGAUAAAAACAACUUUAUUACCUGCCCAUCUUGGUCCUUUAUUUCCGAAUUGCCAGCAUUGGCUGUACAAGGAUGGAAACUGGCAGUUAAAGGGAGAGGAGCCAGCCUGCUGUCCUGCAGGGUGACGUACAGCAGUGCUGGGGUUGCUGUUUGUUAUGAGGUCUUUGAAAGCUGCCAUUGCCUUGAAGUGUUUCCCCACAACCAAUGUUGAUCUGUCAGUGUGCAACGUUGCUCUCAUUAAUCAAAACGGGAAGAUUUUACCCUUCAAAAAAUCUGACUUUAAAUUCAUGUAGAAAACUUUGCC